AGGCGAGGACGCUUUGGGAUGGUGCUGGACCUGGCAGUGGUGGGUGAGGGUGUGUGUUUUUAUAUUCCGGGGAAUCUGUGAAUCUUCGGUGGUUGUUCCAGUAAAGCCAAAGGUCAAGAAAGAGAGGGACUCGUACGGACGACGCAACAGAGAAGCAUAGAAGAAAUAAGAGAGAGAGAGAGAGAGAGAGAGAGAGUGUGUGUGUGUUUGUGUGUAUUGGUUUCAAACCUCAAGAGAGGAGACAUGUCCAAGAACAUCCCAACAACACUGUUCCUUGCUUCUUCUUCAUGUCUAGGUAGAUCCCAAAGGUGAUCCCAAAAUGAUCCAAAAGGAACCUGCUUAUUGGUAAGGAUCUUAUGGCUUUUGCAUCAUAUUCAGGAGACAUUGGUAAACUUGAAGGCUAUGAACAGCAAACUCCGUCAUCUUUAUCGAAGAAUGCAAACUUGAAAGGGAUCUCCACCUAAAUUUUAUCACGAUACAAAACAUUUAGGUCUUCAACUACCAGGACUAGGAAUCGUCCACAAUUCAGUUGACUGGUCAAUCUCACCUUAAAAUGGGUGCUAUGAGAGGGACCAAUUCUCAAGAUCAAUGCAUUUCAUCAGAAUCUGAUCAAGAUGAAGGUUGUGUCAAGGGCGUGGAAGGUCAAAUGAAGCCAUUUUUCUUCUUGAACAAUUCAGAUAUGAUGUUCAAUCCUUCUCAAGUUGGUCAUAGCCAUGCGAUGGCUCGAGUUUCGUAUCCAUUUGUUGAGCCAUACUUUGGUGGAUUAUUCACUCCUUAUGGGCCACAGGCUAUUAUUCAACCCCAGAUGGUGGGGAUAGCACCUGCACGAGUCCCACUGCCGCUUGAUUUUACGGAUGAUGGACCCAUUUAUGUCAAUCCGAAACAGUACCAUGGAAUCCUCAGAAGGAGACAGUCACGUGCAAAGCUUGAGGCUCAAAACAAACUUGUCAAAACUCGGAAGCCAUAUCUGCAUGAGUCUCGGCAUAGACAUGCGAUAAAUCGGGUUAGGGGAUCUGGUGGACGCUUUGUCAGCACAAGAAAGCUCAAAAAUUCCGAUAGGUCGAGCACUAGUAGCACCCAUUGCGUCUCAGACUCUAAUGUCUUUCAUCCAAGUGAAAGUAUAUCCGAGUGUGAUAAUCAUCAAUUUGGAACUGGUCAACAUGUUGCUUCCCUUACAACCUGCUCUGACACCAACAGUGUUGCCGAUGGAAACGGUGACAACAUCUUUCAGCAGCCAGGACGCAGGUUCUCAUGCAUCGCACCCCACAUGGGCGGAGCCAUGCAAUGCAAUGGAUGCCUCAUGUCCGGUGGCGCCCGACACCCUGCUUCAGUUGUCCGGUGAGACAUGGGAAUACACAAGACCAUCUCACUGGUCAGGCAACUCAUCCUUGGCUGUGUCACUUUCUGUAUGUUUCAUGCUUGUUUUGCAACAUGAACUAAUAUGCCACAAUGUACAAAGACCUCGCUACUUGCUUUGUGCUUGUAAGUCUAGUUUGCUAAUACAUUGCUUUGGUUGUUAUUAUCCAACUCUUUGAACAUUAUUAAAAUAUUAAUUAAAUAAUUUACUUCGCUAA